AGUAAUGCCUGGUCAAAAACUUGUCAUCGCGAUAUCUUGAUGCUAAUGGCUAAUGGAAGCUGCGUUAGUGGUGUAGCAAGCUAGGUACUUUUUACAAAAUAGAAGCAUACAAAAUAUUUUUAAAAUAAAAGCUUACAAAAAUAAUAUAAUUAAUGAACUAAUAUUCAUGUUGCAAACACGUGAGCAGCACGUAAUGACACACGUAAUCGCCUAAAAACCCAAUUAAUUGCCUUACACAACAAAAACACAUUUCAAUUUUAUGUUAUUGAUUACUAAGUUAUCUGAACGUGAAACAUAUUUUUUUAAACCUCAGGAUAAAAAAAAAUGACAUUACGUUAUUACGGUGAGUGCAACUGGUGUUUGUGUUAAGCUAUUUUACCCGAUAGCUGUAUGCUAAGCUGGUACGUCACGUUAAGCUAAUUAAAAAAAAUCUAAGAACGAGAUUUGGUAGAUCUCACCACCUAGAGCAUCAGUUAUAUACUACUAUAUUAAACGGAUAAUUUAAAAUAGACCAAUUGUAAUUUUAACAACAUUCUAACGAUAUAAAUCAUCACGAAAUUUUGAAGGAAUUGUAAUAAGGCGCUACAAAGGCUACCCAUGAGGAGUUUUUUCAGCCAAUGGAAUUACGCGGGGUCCUAGGGGGGCAGAAUUGCUCGGGGGGACUGGAUUGCUCACGACACCUGUCGCCGUUGUCAACACCGGUAGUCUGCAAGUUGGUUAUAAGUACAUUUUAUUUAAUUCUGGUGCCACUCGUUUCAUCGAAGACUCAUCACCACCCAAAAUUUCAAACUGUGAAGUUUACAUUAAAAAGCAAAUGGAGGGAGGUUUCCCUUUUGUGGAGACCCUUACUCGUAUAAAAACUGAGGAUGAAAUAAUCAGUCCCCUUUAUUUCAAUAACCAAGAUGAGACCUCACAGGACUUUAUAAAUGGAUGCCCAAAAACGGAAAAUGACACCAUACUGACACUGAAAUCAGAGUUAAUUUAUUCAGACAUUCAGGCAUCCCAAGAUAAAUUUAAAUCUGAUAAAGACGUCUCCUCGAUCCUUCACUCUCAGGAUGAUGAUAAAGAGUUUCUGGACCUUAGUGUGCAAAUUAAGAAGGAAGCAUUUGAUAACUUUCCUGCUGGCCUUAUACCUCCAAUUGAAAUGGAGGAAGAAGAAUUUGAAAUCACUUGGAACACACGUGCUUCUGUAGAUAAAACACAAAAUAAACAACAAAACAAAACGGUACGCAAAGAGAAAUGUUCAGCUAAGCAACACAAAACCAAAAAAAGCUCUAAGAAAAAAACUGAUGCAUCGAGCAAAGUAGCUGGAUGGUCGACAGAGCUGACUGAAACAAAGCACAUCAUACAAACUCAAAUGAACUCCAAUUUGAGCAAAAGAAAGAAAAGUGUAAUUACUCCUAAGAAGACAGGUGAAGCAAGAAACACCAACCAACUACACAAAGAAGAUCUGUUUAGUUGUGAAACAUGCGGGAAAGCAUUUCAUCAAUCGACUCUUCUUACCGAUCAUGUGAAGAUUCACAGAAGACAGAAGCCAUACACCUGUGACCACUGUGAAAUGAAGUUCGCCAAGCCAUCUUAUUUGAAAAUACACUUGCGUAGACAUGCUGGUGAUCGGCCAAUUUCAUGCGAUAGCUGUGAAAAGAGUUUUUUUGACAAAUACGACCUAAGGGUGCACCAGAGAGAUCACACAGGAGAGAGACCCUUUUCAUGCUCUGAAUGUGGAAAGGGUUUUAAGCGUAUUUACACGCUUAACAAACAUAGACGCACACACUCAAAUGAGAAACCAUUUCAGUGCUCUUUGUGUGGGAAGGCUUACAAAUAUGGCUACAGUUACAGGUUGCAUUUGAAGGAUCAUCUUGAGUAGAGUCCACAAUGUGCAUCUGCGUGUUUAUGAAGAGUUUAGAGGGAAUCAGAUUUUUUUUUCAUUCCUUAUAAAAAUAAGGUGAAUAUGUAAAGUGUGGUCAUGUUUUUUAUAUUUAUUGGAUUGUUAAGCUUUCUACCUGAAAUGAAUUUUAUUUUUUUUACCUUAGUUUUUCUUAUGGUACUGUGUUUUAAAUAAAUGAGUGACAUCACCAAUCACUAACAUAUGAUUGAUUAUUCCAGUAAUGUUAAUUAUUCCAAAGCAUGUAUCUUUAUUGGAUAAUGUACAUUGCAAAUAGUUGGAUCAAGUUAAAAAAUUACUUAAAUUGGUUACACCUAAAAAAUUAUGUUUUUUUCAACUUGUAUGUUUGUAUUUUAAGUUGAUCUAACUUUUACCUUUUUACAAUGUAGCUCAUUACACUCUUUAAAAUAAAGGUGCUUCAUGAUGCCAUAAAAAAC